GAGUAUUCCCGGUGUCGAGCCCCUCCGUCUGGGAUGGCAAUGGCGCUUUCGUCUGCUUUUCAAGAAAGGCUCCAACAGAUGGAAGAAACUAGAAACCAACGCCUCUCUCUUCUUCAGGCUGAGAAAGAACUUCAAAGCAAGAAAUCUCUUCUGUUGACAACGAAGAUCCAGAAGAUCAGAUCCAUGGAGCAACGGUGUCUCGUCCUUGAGCAGAAGAACGCGGUGCUGAACUUAAAGAUCUUAGCUCACAAGACUGAGAUAGAGACGCUCGAGGCCAAAUACCUGGUUGCAGCGCAGCAAUUCAGGGAGUUGAAGAGUGAGGUGGAGGAGAUUGAGGAAUCCGAGAAGCAGAAGGAUAGGUUUUAUGAGUCAAAGAGGUAUGAAAUGGAGGAGUUCAGGAGACAGGUGGAAAGGAGAGUUUUGGCUUCUCGUCUGCAAGUUCAGGAGAUGAGAAACAGCUUAGAAGAGCUCAAGUCAUGCCUUGAAGAACUUCAUGGAAACAAUGGAUAUUUGAAUAAUUCAGAAAUAGCUGCAGCAGAGUCAAGGAAAACUAAACUUAUAGUGGCCAAGGAAGAUAUUGAGAAGAGUCUGGCUGCAAAUUACCAGUUCAAAGCACAGUUGCAUAAACAGCUUCAAAGCAUUUUAAUCACACAAAAUCAACAGAGAAGAAAACCAGCCCACAGCAGUGAGAAAAAAAAAAAGGUCUGAAGCAACAGGAUUCUGAAAAGAAAGAGAAACCAAACUAGACAUGGAGGAUUUCUUCAUUCAGCCUAUCAUGUUUCGCAUCCUCUAUUUGUGGACUCACAAAGUCUUUUAUUGUCAUUGAGAUCCCCAACAGUCUGAAGAUCCAUUUUGCUACUACUAUUUUUUUUCUUUGGUAUACAAAGGAAUGCUGCAUCUCACCUUGCUCCCGUGAGACUGUAAUCUUCCACAAGGUUAUAUCUGCUCGGAGGCGAAUGACCCGAAGCAAAAACUGGUCGAACCUCCUCGGUUUUU